AUGACUUCAGAGGAACAAAGAGAAGUUUCCAAAGAGUUGGGAUUUAUGGAAGAGGAUGAUGAGGAUUUGUUUGAAAUUGAUCUAGAUGCAGUGAACUUUAUUAUUCCACAACCUUAUAAUUAUUGGCAAAAUAAUUACUUCAGUUCUACAGGAGAAGUACUUCUUGCCAAUUGUUUGUUACCAAUAUCUCAUAUUUCUAGUGCUAUUCCAGCUUGUAACAAUGCAGUGUCUUUUGUAGGAAACAACAAUGUUUUCCUUGUUACAUAUCCUAAACCAUUCUUGGGAGAUUUUGGGUUUAUAGAUGAGAAAAUGAAAGCAAAAUUUCAUUUUCAGUUUCAGACUUAG